AUGUUUGUUGCCUGGAGUGUGACAGUGGUUCGCGGCUCCGACCCCCAACACGAUCAUCUCUCUCAGCCUUCGAGAUUUACUUUCCCCCUCUUUCUUAUUGACUUAUCCCCUGUAUGCAUUUCGAGUAUGGAUCGGCUACAUCGGAAGCAGGAGUCAAGUGAGGACUCUCCUAUCUCACUGGUACCCGCAGGUCUGCUUGCAGAUAUCAACCCUACUAAUCAGCUCUCUGUGCUGCUUGAUCAGCAACACAAUGAACUUGUAACUCGGCAACUGAAUAUUUCGGAGGACGAAACCCCUGACAAUAUCCUUUCAAAAGUGCUGACGACAAAUCCAUUUUCGACAACCGCCUCGUCGUUCGCCAUCACACAACAGGAGCAGGAACGGACGGCUGUCAAUUAUCGCACGAUUGGCUUCGGCCAGUGUGGAGUGGUCUUCGAGAGACCAGGGCGCAACUAUGUCAUCAAAGUCGCCAGGCCCUUUUACGAAGAUUCCCUCUGGGCGGAUUUUACAGCUCAUUUUCAAGUGCGCAAGGCGUUCCAGGCUCAGUCAACAGAGCCCGUCUGUCGUGUCCCUAAACUCUUUUCCUAUGUGACAAAGGAAAACGAACGAUGGUGGAAAGACAACUUGCCUUUUCUUUCGCCGACCCCCCACUCUCUAGCUCUGCCGGCUAUGGCCAUCGUCACCGAGCGAAUUCUUCCCUUGCCGAAAGUUGCGAGACAGGCGCUAAUCAACGCUUACUGUCCAGCAACUUCAAGGCCAGCCGUUUCCGCCAACCACACAAAUAGAGACUGCCUCGCGCGCGUUUAUCUUGGCCGUCGACGCCCUACAAAUCUACCUCCUACUCCAAACUUUACAUUGCGCAACUACAAUCUGUGUCUGGAUCAGAUGAUCGACCUUGGGCUCCCCGUUCAGUCAUUUGCUGCCGGCAUUGGCGAGGCCCUGGCCAUCGUUCAUUGGGCCGCUCAUGUGGACGCCUAUGACAUCGAGUUCGUGCUCGGGAGUGAAGGAGAUAUCAACUAUACUCGUGAAGUCUCGGCAUGUCUCAAUUUGAGCGGAGCAGAGCAAUUGAAAAUGACACCACAUACUGACGUUGACUCGCUCAUGAAAGUCAAUUUCCGCCACCGGAAUACUCGUUUGUUUGUUCUUGAUUUCAAUUUAUGCGGGGUGUGGGAUGAGAAAUGCCAGCUCACCAGCCCGGACGCGCUUAUCUCCCAUCUAGUGACCUCGUUCUUUGAGAAUGACCCAUAUUAUCCUCUGCCACUUCCAGAAUCAGAUACCGAUAAGAAGCUUUGGGAUGUUUUCAGCAUGACAUACAUCACCAAGGCGGAGGAAUUAUUGUGCGCCAGUUCUCAGCAUUCUCAUCUGCCGCGCAAAUUCAUCCAACAAUGCAUUGAAAGAGAGAAGAAAUCUUUGGCUUGUGGACUAGGCCGUGGACAUCGUGAUCACAAGGAAUAG